GUCAGAAAGUGCGUUUUGUGGGGUCUACUUUGCGAAAUCGCGUUUCGCGAAUAAAAUUGGCAAAUAGUUAUUAAUGGUGAUAAAUAGUGGACGAUAAGAAAUUCUGUUAACUACUUAAAAGUACGCAAUGGCUGUGGCGGAUUCGAAUCUGGCCUCCUUGAUGCAAUAUUCUUCUUAGCUUUAGGAUAGAGGAGUGCCGAGUGGGUCCGCAGGAUGCCGAUCGCACCGCGCGGCCCUCCGCCCCUACCUAUACCGCCGAACCGUCGACGAUACCGUAGGAUACCUAUCUCGACUCGCAAGUGCCCUUAAAUAGAAUAGUGUAAUCUUUUUUACGCCACUUUUACACCGACCUAAUUAAAUUUAAGUAAUAAGAUAGAAUACGCACAGUGGUAGUGUAUCUUUAAAUUAUUGAAACGCGCGCGAGUGUGUAAGUGUGCCGAUGGUGCGGCCGACAUGGGAAAGUCCUCGGCGAGAACACAUGGUCAAGACAAUGAACGAAGAAUCAAAGCCAACAACAGAGAGUACAAUGCGCAGUUUCGAUAUGCUAACAACUACAUCAAAACGUCGAAGUAUUCGAUAAUAACGUUCCUGCCGUUGAACUUGCUGGAGCAGUUCCAGCGGCUGGCGAACUUUUACUUCCUGUGCCUGCUGGUGCUACAACUGAUCCCCGCAAUCUCCUCACUGACGCCCAUCACCACUGCCAUCCCGCUCAUCGGUGUCCUCGCCCUCACAGCUGUCAAGGACGCCUACGACGACUUCCAACGUCAUCAAAACGACUCUCAAGUGAAUCACCGUAGAGCAAAGACGCUUCGAAAUGGCAAACUGGUGGAGGAAAAGUGGGCGUCUGUUCAAGUGGGUGACGUCAUACGGCUGGAGAACGACCAGUUCGUCGCUGCGGACAUCCUGCUGCUCAGCAGCUCUGAACCCAAUGGACUUUGUUAUAUAGAGACUGCGGAGCUGGAUGGGGAGACGAAUUUAAAGUGUCGCCAGUGCCUUUUGGAGACGGCAGCGAUGGGUCAGGACGACGGACAGCUGGGCGCCUUCGACGGUGAAAUAGUUUGCGAGACGCCAAACAAUUUACUUAACAAGUUUGAAGGUACUCUGAGCUGGCGCGACCAACACUUCUCAUUGGACAAUGAUAAGAUCUUACUCCGCGGAUGCGUACUCCGCAACACGACGUGGUGUUACGGUGUCGUCGUGUUCGCCGGCAAGGACACCAAGCUCAUGCAAAACUCUGGGAAGACUAAAUUCAAACGCACCAGUAUCGACAGGCUACUUAAUUUUCUUAUUAUAGGGAUAGUGUUCUUCUUGCUGUCGAUGUGCGUGUUCUGCACGGUGGCGUGUGGUGUGUGGGAGUGGCUGGUGGGGAGGCACUUCCAGGUGUACCUGCCGUGGGAUACUCUGGUGCCUGCGGAACCGGCAUCGGGUGCUGUCGUCAUCGCAUUCCUCGUCUUCUUCUCUUACGCCAUCGUCAUGAACACCGUCGUGCCCAUAUCCCUAUAUGUCUCCGUUGAGGUUAUAAGAUUCGCACAGAGUUUUCUCAUAAAUUGGGAUGAGAAGAUGUAUUAUGAAAAGACUGGGACAGCAGCGAAAGCGAGAACAACUACCCUAAAUGAAGAAUUAGGUCAAAUCCAGUACAUAUUUUCUGACAAGACGGGCACUUUGACACAGAACAUAAUGACGUUCAACAAAUGCUCGAUCGCCGGCGUCUGCUAUGGCGAUGUGGUUGAUGAGACCACUGGAGAGACAGUUGAACUGACAGAGCGGACGUCGCGCGCUGCGCGGGGCUCGCGGGGCACGCGGGGAGCGCGGGAGCAGCGCGAGGUGCCGCGCGCGCGACUGCUGGAGCUGGAGCACGAGCAGGGCCGCAGCACGCCGGGCGCGCGCCGCCCCGCCCCCAACCCCGCACCCGCGUCCGCGCCCGCCUCCGCCAACACGCACAAUACGGAGCCGUUGGACUUUUCGUUCAAUCCUGAGUACGAGCCGGAGUUCAAGUUCUUCGAUGCGACGCUGCUGGAUGCGGUGCAGCGCGGAAACCAGCAGGUGCACGACUUCUUCCGUCUGCUGGCGCUCUGCCACACCGUAAUGCCGGAGCAGAAGAACGGCCGUUUGGAGUACCAGUCGCAGUCACCGGACGAGGCUGCGCUGGUGUCUGCGGCGCGCAACUUCGGCUUCGUGUUCAGAGAGCGCUCGCCUAAUAGUAUUACUAUAGAAGUUAUGGGUAAAACAGAGGUGUACGAGUUGUUGUGUAUAUUAGAUUUUAAUAAUGUAAGGAAAAGAAUGUCGGUGAUAUUGAGGAAGGACGGUGAGAUAAGAUUGUACACGAAGGGUGCUGACAAUGUUAUAUACGACAGAUUAAAAACUGAUUGUCAGCAAGAAGUCAGGUCCAAGACGCAGGAGCAUUUAAACAAAUUCGCCGGCGAGGGUCUGCGCACGCUGGCGCUGGCAUGGCGGCCGCUGGAGGAGCGCGGGUUCGCGGAGUGGAAGCGCCGGCACCAGGCCGCCGCGCUCGCACUGCGCGACAGGGACGAGCGCCUCGACGCCAUCUACGAGGAGAUCGAGACGGACCUCCUGCUCAUGGGUGUGACUGCCAUAGAGGAUAAAUUACAAGACGGUGUACCGGAAACCAUAGCGAAUCUCAGCAUGGCCGGGAUGAAGAUAUGGGUUUUAACAGGAGACAAACAAGAGACUGCGAUCAACAUAGGAUACUCGUGCCAGCUGCUGACGGACGACAUGGCGGAGGUGUUCAUCAUAGACGGUGUGACGCACGAUGACGUGGACCGUCAGCUCGCCAAGAGCAGGGAGUCCAUACGAGUCGUCAAUACAUUCCUGCCAUAUGGGUCGUCAGAUGCCAAGAAGUCGACAGCUAACGGCGGUGCGGCGGUGGGCCGGCCGUCUCCCGGCCGCGCCGCCAACGUCAAACUGAACGCGCCCGCCGUCUCCGUCGUCACAUUUAGGUGGGAACAUAACUCACUACCCCACAGCAACGAGUACAGUGCGGGCGGCGCGAGUUCCUCCGAAGCGCAGGAGCACGGCAAUGAUGAUACGAACGGCUUUGCGAUCGUCGUCAACGGACAUUCCCUCGUACAUUGCUUACAUCCGAAACUGGAGGAAAAAUUCCUGGAGGUGGUGCUGCAGUGCAGGUCUGUCAUCUGCUGCCGUGUGACGCCGCUGCAGAAGGCCAUGGUGGUGGAACUCAUCAAGAAGAGUCGCAAGGCUGUCACACUCGCCAUUGGUGACGGCGCCAACGACGUCUCCAUGAUUAAAGCGGCGCACAUCGGUGUGGGUAUAUCAGGUCAGGAGGGCAUGCAGGCGGUGCUGGCGUCAGACUACUCCAUUGCGCAGUUCCGCUUCCUGCAGCGGCUGCUGCUGGUGCACGGACGCUGGUCAUACUACCGCAUGUGCAAGUUCCUCAGAUACUUCUUCUAUAAAAACUUUGCCUUCACCGUCUGUCACUUCUGGUUCGCCUUCUUCUGCGGAUUCAGUGCACAGACCGUGUUCGACGAGAUGUUCAUCUCAGUGUACAACUUGUUCUACACGUCGCUGCCAGUGCUGGCGCUGGGCGUGUUCGAGCAGGACGUGUCCGACAACACCGCGCUGCAGUUCCCCAAGCUGUACGCGCCGGGACACACCAGCCGCCUCUUCAACAAGACAGAGUUCAUCAAGUCCACGCUGCACGGCUGCUUCACCUCACUAGUGCUCUUCCUUAUACCAUACGGUACAUACAAGGACGGGUUGGCGCCGGACGGCAAGAUACUGUCAGACCACAUGCUGCUGGGCAGCGUCGUCGCCACCAUACUGAUCAUUGACAACACCACCCAGAUCUGCUUGGACACGACAUACUGGACGGUGUUCAACCACGUGACCAUCUGGGGCUCGCUGGUGUCGUACUUCGUGCUCGACUACUUCUACAACUACGUCAUCGGCGGCCCCUACGUCGGCUCCCUCACCGUCGCCCUCACGCAGGCCACUUUCUGGUUCACAGCAGUGCUCACUAUGAUAAUCCUGAUGGUGCCGGUGGUGUCUUGGCGGCUGGCCAGCUCGUGGACUCGGCCCACGCUGGCGGAGAGGCUGCGCGCGCGACAGCGCUGGAGGGCCGGCGCGCCCGCGCCCCGUACGCCUUCCGCGCGCCGCGCUCGUCGCUCUGUGCGGUCGGGCUACGCUUUCGCGCACCAGGAGGGCUUCGGUCGGCUCAUCACCUCCGGAAAGAUCAUGCGCCGCAUCCCGCACGCAGACGCCGCGCUCUCCGCGCUCGCCUCGCUGCCGGGCAAGUUCCAUCCGCGCCCCGCUACGCCUCCGGCCACGCCCCCCGCCUCGCAGGCCUCCUCCCACUCGCCGCCCUCCCCGCCCUCGCCACCAUCGCCCAGAGCGCCGAAACAAGACCUCGACUCGGUAGACUUAUGAACUGGCACCAAAUAGAGGGAGGUGCGAGCUAUUGGCGCACCGGCAGAACUUAUUGAGGCGUACGAACCUGUGCGAGUGAACGCUCCUGACCCGAGAGGGACGAGACUUUUAGACUGUAAUAUUGUAAACAAUAAGUGUGUGUUGAAUAUGUGAUUGAUUGUUGUAUGUGCUUUUUCUCAUGUCGGAGAUCGUGCGUGCCUUCGGUGGACGCUGGGUGUGGGUUAUAUUACAGUUCAGUGAGAAAGUGUAAAAUCUAAAUAUCGGUGGUAUGUUGUGUGAUGAUUUUUGUAAUUGUAAGCGAGGCGUCGCGUCGAAACGUCCGAUUGUGUCCGGACUACCUCAGUAUUGGAUGGGAUCUCGUGAGAGCCGGCCGCCCCGUACUUACGCCGGCGCCCGCGCGCGCCGCUGCCCUCAUCUCCACUAUAAGUAGUUGUUCUUCAAUAAAAAGACGAAAUGUACAAUAUAUAUAAGAGUGAACGCGAUGUUUGUAAAUAUUCAAAAGGUUACAAACGGAAACAUAACUUUUUAAAUAGACGGCAUAAUGUCGUCGAAACUCAUAUUGUGAUAACGUUAAUAGAUUUAAAAAUUCGUAUAAUAUUAUUGCCUAUAUUAAAUUAUAUUUGUUGAUGGAGAGUAUAUAUUGAUAGAUAUUUAUUAUGGUACAUACUAAGAUUACUCUUUUAUAUCGGAAAGUAGUUAUUUCAUAAUGUUCCUUUGUAUGUGUAGACGUAGCUCCAUUGACCGCGCGUAGCCGCCAUUGUUUUGUUCCCAGCCUACCACAGAGUAAACGACGACUUCCGCGUCAACGUCACUGUCAAAACGUUACCCAAGACUAAUUUUACUUCGAAUUUGAUUCACAUCAAUAAUAAAUUAAUUUUUUUAUUCAAUUUUAAUUUGUUACUUGACAAUUAA